AUGUUCAAGGACGCCGACGGAAAUUGGAAUGUUGCAUUGCAAAUUAAGCAUAGACUUUCUGCGAGUGUGGUACAUGAAAUAGCUAUUCGCUGGAGAGAAAGGCGUCUAGAUAUACAAAGACCUGGUGGUUUCCGGCAAGGUACCACCGCUAUCGAUUCAUUUCAAGAUGUUUGCAACAAUGAACAAAAUAAUAGCGUGGACUCCAUACGCACGAAUGCGUUUACGGAUCCAUUAAGUGGGCUCUUGAACGAAUUUUACUUGGACCUGGACGGGCUUUUCGACUCACAAAUUGUUCAAUACUAG